GAACGUUUUGUUGUUGUUUACAUUUUUUUCUGUUGUCAGGCAAAACAAUCAAAUUUAUUGUAAUCUUGUUAAUUGAAACGAUUUUUGGUUACGAAUCAAAAUUGUCCCUCAAUAUGGUUCUACUCGGCGAAAUAUUUCCGAAUUUUACAGCAAACUCUGAUAUCGGCCAGAUUAAAUUUCACGAAUGGAUUGGAGACUCCUGGGCAAUUCUCUUUUCUCAUCCCAACGAUUUUACCCCAGUCUGUACAACAGAAUUGGCAAGAGUAGCAAAGUUGAUCCCAGAAUUUGAGAAGCGAAGUGUCAAAGUUAUUGCCUUGUCUUGUAAUUCUGUUAAAUCACACAUUCAAUGGAUCAAGGAUAUUAAAGCCUAUGGUGAAAUUACAGAGGCGAACUUUCCAUAUCCUAUAAUUGAAGAUGAAAGUCGCACAAUUGUGACAGCUUUAGGAAUGCUUGAUCCAGAUGAAGUUGACAGCACUGGCUUGCCCGUUUCAGCUAGAUCAGUUUUCAUCAUAGACCCUAAGAAGAAAAUGAGGCUCUCAAUCCUUUAUCCAGCUACAACAGGAAGGAAUUUCGAUGAAAUCUUGAGAGUUAUUGAUUCUCUACAGUUGACGGACAAACACAAGGUAGCGACACCUGUAGAUUGGAAGAACGGAGAUGAUGUUAUGAUACAACCUACCGUCAAUGACAAAGAUGCUAAGUCUCUAUUUGGGGAUGACAUUAAAGUUAUAAGUCUACCUUCUGGUAAACCAUAUCUUCGUAGCAUUCAACAGCCUAUAGACUCUUAACUUUCUCCAUGUACGUAAUUUUUUAUAUGGAACAAUAAGAACCAAAUAUUCAAGUAUCAAUACUAUGUACAUUCUAAAAAAUGAAAUUAAUUUUUUGUGGCAAGUGCCUUAGUUGCCUGAUUUCCUAUACGAACCAUAAAAUCUUCUUAUGUACGUACAAUAUGAAUAAAUUUGUCUGCCAGAUAAAUUGCAAACAACGAAAGAAGCCGUUUAUUAUUAUUUCACCUAACGUAUAAUUAAAAGUACACUGCUUUAUAUACACUUUUCCAAGUACACGUGUUGCUUACAAUACCAAUCGGAUUCCUUAGUAUUUACAUGAUUUUUUUAAAUUAUUCCUAGUUUACUUUAACUACCUUCAUGAGUAAGAUUAUUAUGCGUAUUAUUUUAUAAGUAUGUAUAUCAGUGAUAGCAAUAAUCAAUAGCAUGUAUAUAAAACAGUCCCUGGUCAAAACCAAUAAGAUCAAAAAAGGUAAUAAA